UCAGAGCGCUUGGUGGACUGUGGGUUAUGCUUUAAGCGUGUUGUGAAUUACCCGUCUCUGCCAUGUCAGUAAUUCAAGAAUUGUUCGUUUGAGACGAGCUGAGUAGGAUGAUUCCUGUGGUGCCGGAGUCGUGCACCCAUGUCUUGGCGGAAUUUGACUGCUUGGAUCCGCUCCUUUCUGCACUACGACUUGACUCUGGCAGGCUCAAGUGUACUUGUCUGGCAGUGUCAAGGAAGUGGCUUGCUCUGGGCACCUCAGCUGGGGGGCUACACCUUAUUCAGAGGGAUGGCUGGAAGCAGAGACUAAUUCUCACACACAAGGAAGGGUCUAUCACCCAGGUAGCAUGCUGCCCCCAUGACGAAGACUUCAUUGCCGUAGCAACCAGUCAGGGUGUGGUGGUGGUAUGGGAGCUGCAGCUGGAGCGCCGAGGUCGUCCGGAGCGGGCGUGUGUGUCGUGGGAACACAGGGGUCAGGCGAUCACGGCUCUGUGCUGGGAUAACUCAACAUUACGUGUGUUUGCAGGGGACGCCGGGGGGAAGGUGUCCUUCGUCCGAGCUGGAUCAUCCAAACUCGGAAAGGGCUCUGCAUUUGUGAUUUUCCCUGUUCAGACCAUCACUACAGUAGACUCACGCGUGGUCCAGCUGGGUUACAUGGACGGCAGGCUGCUCGUGUCAUCCCUCAGCCGCUGCUACCUGUGUGACACAGAGAGGGAGAAGUUUUGGCGUGUGGGGAAUAAGGAGAGAGAUGGGGAGUAUGGGGCGUGUUUUUUGCCACAGCUGCGGGGGCAGGUUGGGUCUGGAGGUGGUGGUGGGGCUCCGCAGCCCCUGCUGUACUGCGCCCGGCCCGGCUCGCGCGUGUGGGAGGCCAGCUUCAGUGGAGAGGUCCUCAGCACACACCAGUUUAAACAGCUGCUAGCCUGCCCACCCCUGCCUCUCAUCUCCUGCAAGACUGCGCCUGUGUAUAACCCAGCGCAGAAGACCCCUCAGUCUCUGGCUUUCCCCAGACUCCUGCACUUUGGUGAUCAGAACCUUCUGACCUGGACAGACUCAGCCAUUUAUAUCUUCACCCCCCAGAGCGGGCAGGUCCUGCUGUGGACAGAGGUCAAAGAUGUGGUGGACAUUGCCGUGUACCGCAGCGAACUGUUCUGUCUCCAUGGCAACGGGCGGCUGUCCCACCUGUCACUGUUGUCAGCGGAGCGCUCGGUGGAGAGGCUGAUGAGGAGAGAGGCCUGGAUUCCUGCAGCCACUGUCUCCUGCAUGUUUCAGCACACUAUAGCAGCAUGCAGGGCCAGGAAAGCCAUCCCUAUCGACCGUCUGGAGCACCUGAAGGCCCAGCUAAACCCCGCCUCCCACCAGCAGCUGAUUAGUCAAUUGGAGGAAGUAAUUAGCAAACUGGAGCCUCUGGACUCCGCCUCCAGCAGCCGCAGAAGCAGCAUCUCGUCACAUGAGAGCUUCAACAUCCUAGACUGCGGCAUAUACCGCGUCAUCAGCCGCCGCGGCAGCCAAUCAGACGAAGACACUAGCUCCCUGGUCAGCCAGUCAAUGUUGGAGGAGGAGCGCCUGAAGGAGUUUAGCUUUGUUCAAGAGGAGGAGCAGGGGGAGCAUGAUUCCCAGACGUGUGAGCGAACGGAAGGGGAGCGCACAGAGUCCGGCCUGCAGUUUCACCUGCCGCUGGCCUUCCGCACCAAACCCCCCCGCAUAGCCCUGCAGGCCGUCAGAGACAGUGUGUCGAGCUUUGUGAAGAAGACUACAGAAAGGAUCAACACACUACAGAUGAACUCUGACCUCUGGCCCCGUCCUGACCCCAGGGAGAGCGGACAGAGUGAGGUCAUCGCCUCUCCAGCUCCGUUUCAGCAAGAUGAAGAGGACAAUGAUGUGUGUGUGGAACAGUCCAGUGCAGAGAGUGAUCUUCAGGAGUUGAGAACAGCUACAGAACGAGCUCUUGCACACAUCCAGGAUCCUCUGGUUCUGCUGGACCCUGUCUGCCUGGGGGACGUUCUGCUUGAAUGGCUUCCGGUACUGGAGCGUGUCCUCGGCCCAGAAAAACCCACCGACCCUGUGGAGGAGAAAGAGAAGACGGAGAACGGAGGGAGGAGCGAGGAGGAGGCGGAGCAGGAUGAGAGCGGAGAAAGAGAACAAACUGAGGGAGAGGUCACGUCCUGUUCUCCUCAACAGCAGCAGGAUGACAGCACACUGGGGUCAGAGGGCAGGUCAGAGAAGCCUGCUCCUGACCUCAGGAGAGAGGAAGAACUGAGAGGGAGAAGUCUCGCGCGUGACUCCCCAGCUGGAACCCUAACGUCACCCGCAGUUACCCCCGAGGAGCCCAUUCGAGUGUGCUCUCCGCGACCUUUGCCCUCCGACCUCCAGGCUGAACUCUCUCAGCUGGCCUGCCUCUACCUUGACCUUGGGUGCCCUGGCAGAGAGAGGGAGCAGAGGAGACAGGAGGAGGCGAAGGAAGGAGGAACAGAGGAUGUGUGCGUGUUCCUGCGGAGGUUUUUCUUUCUCUUGGACCAGGAGAGAGUGAGGAGAAUGUGUGUGUGGAGGUACCAGGAGCAGCCGCAGGUCCUCAAAGCCUAUAUCGCGUGCAUGCUGGAGUUCACUCAGGCCAGUAAAGUGGUGGAAGUAGUUCAGAAAGGAGAUCUGCUCAAAUCACUCAGGAGUCUGAGGGAACUGCAGCCGUGGAACGGCCCACUACUGCUCUCUCACCUCUACAGAUUGUAUGAGAAACACAGCGAGCUGGCAGUCCGCUGUUACUCCCAAUUCUAUCCCACAAUCCUCCCCUCUGACGUCAUGGCGAUGGCCCAGCCCAGUCACUUCCUGCCGUACUUGGAUAACCUGGUCCAGUCACGCGCUGAGGAGCAGAGGCUGUCUUUCUUGGGGUCCCUCCUCCAGCCUGAGAGUCUGCGACAGGAUUGGCUAGAGCUGGCUCUGUCCCAUGAUGCACCACAGAGGAGUGACACACUGACUCCUGAUGGGCAGCCCAGGUGGCACUCUCACUUCUUUAGCUGGGGUUAUGGGCGUUUGCUGUCCCUGCUCAUCCGGCUGCCUGCUGAUCUGGAGUCCAAGCAGAAGAUGUUAGAGUCCUGCAGGAAACAUGGGUACUGGACGGGGUAUUUGUACCUGUGUAGUGAGCUGCAGCGGAGAGUGGAAGCCUUCUCUGCCAUCUGUAAACUGGAUGACAUGUCUCUGCUGGAGGAACCUAAUGGUAUAGUACCUCAGACUGUGGAGGAGUGGAGGCUGCUGAUCCAGCUCUCUCAGCAGUGCGGCUUCACCUCCUCACACACGCCCAGUUCUCCUCUCUCCUCCCACACCACAGACCCUGACCCCGGGGCAGGGGUCAGUAAUGGGUCUGGGAACACUAACGGUAUGGCCAGCGAUAACGGGAUCGUCACUGGUACAGGACCGGUGGGGAACGGCAGUAACGGUAACCUGGCUAACGGCGUGACGGACCCGAGCAGCCAGCUGACCCCAGAGAACCUGACCCUGCGCUUGGCCCGAGCGGUGGGGCCAGACCAGGCCCUGCUGGUCCUUCAGGAGGGGGGGAUCCAGCUGGAGCUGGGAGCACACUCCUCUGUGGUGUGUGAGCUACUGCGACUGGCUGAGAGGAGACAGAGAGCGGUGAUUCAGACGAUGCUGGAGCGCUGUGAUCGGUUCCUGUGGUCCCAGCAUGCCUAGAGGACACCGCAGAUGACAUCACUCUUCCAUGUGCCUGUCUCCUUCCUGGGGGUAAUGGAAACAGAGGUGCCCACUCUGUGAACCCACACUACAGCCUCUGAUUGGACCAUUUCUCUGCAGACU